AACUAACAUAACCGUCUUUGCCGGCCGCUCCCCUUCUACAAAUAGGGAUGCUCCUCCACUCUCACUCCCCCACCACUCUGCUCGGGAGACCCACCACUACCACCCACACUACCCCCAACUGUCACAAGCCAGCCAGCCAUCAGCCAUGGAGCAGCCCCGGAGCAGGCUGCUCAGCGUCUGCGCCGUCGUCCUGCUCCUCCUCCUCCUCCUCGCCCCGGGCCUCGCCGCCGCCUUCAACUACGCCGACGCGCUCGCCAAGUCCAUCAUCUACUUCGAGGGCCAGCGCUCCGGCAAGCUGCCCCCCGGCAACCGCAUGCCCUGGCGCGGCGACUCCGGCCUCACCGACGGCGCCCAGCACAACGUGGAUCUGGUGGGCGGCUACUACGACGCCGGCGACAACAUGAAGUUCGGCCUCCCAAUGGCGUUCACCACAACAAUGCUCGCAUGGAGCGUAGCCGACUUCGGCAAGUACAUGGGCGCCAACCUCCCGCACGCCCGCGCCGCCGUGCGCUGGGGCGCCGACUACCUCCUCAAGGCCGCGACCUCCACCCCGGGGACACUCUACGUCCAGGUAGGCGACCCGGCGCAGGACCACAAGUGCUGGGAGCGGCCGGAGGACAUGGACACGCCGCGGGCGGUCUACGCCGUCACCUCCUCCAACCCCGGUUCCGACGUGGCCGCCGAGACGGCGGCGGCGUUAGCCGCCUCCGCCGUCGCGUUCCGCCGCGCCGACCCGGGGUACGCGGCGCGUCUCCUCGGCGCCGCCGUGGUGGCGUUCGAGCUCGCGGACCGGCACCGGGGUUCGUACAGCCAGGGCACGCUCAGCGCCGCGGUGUGUCCGUUCUACUGCUCCUACUCCGGGUACGACGACGAGCUGCUGUGGGCGGCCGCGUGGCUGCACCGCGCGUCCGGGAACGCGACGUUCAUGGCGUACGUGAGAGCCAACGGCGUCCAGGACGGCGCUGGGAACGACGACUACAGCUUCAGCUGGGACGACAAGCGGAUCGGCACCAAGGUCCUGCUGGCGAGAGGGGUGCUCCGGCGAGACAGGAGACGGAACGUCCCCGGGCUGCAGCUGUACAAGGCGCACUCCGACAGCUACGUCUGCUCGCUGGUGCCCGGCGCCGCCGGGUUCCAGGCCGGGCAGUACACUCCCGGCGGGCUCAUCUACAGGGAAGGCGGCAGCAACAUGCAGUACGUGACGACGACGACGUUCCUGCUGCUCGCGUACGCGAAAUACCUCCGGUCAGCCGGCGGCAAUGUGGCGUGCGGUGGCGGAGGAGAGGUGGCGCCGGCGGAGCUGGUGGCGCUGGCGAAGAGGCAGGUGGACUAUAUCCUGGGGAAGAACCCCGCGGGGACGUCGUUCAUGGUGGGGUUUGGGGAAAGGUACCCGCGCCGGCUGCACCACCGCGGCGCGUCGUUGCCGUCGGUGCGCGCGCACCCGGCGCGGAUCGGGUGCGACCAGGGGUUCGCGUACCUGCACUCGGCGGCGCCCGACGCCAACCUGCUGGUGGGCGCCGUCGUGGGUGGCCCCGACGCGCGGGACGGGUUCGUCGACGACCGCGAUAGCUACGGACAGACUGAGCCCGCCACCUACAUCAACGCGCCGCUCGUCGGCGUUCUCGCGUACUUCGCCGGCACCGCCAAGCUCUGAGCUGCUGCUGCUGUUUGCCAGGCGUCGUAUCGUGUCCGUGUCGUGUACGACUAGUACUCGUGUAGUCUAGUCGUGUCGUGUGACAGUGUGGGAGCGCCGGGGCAAAAGGAUUGAUUGGCCGUGAGCUCCCCCGUCAGUCGUGCCGGGUCUGGGUAUGGGUGUACGUGUAUUUCGCUGAUUCUGCCGGUGGUAGUGGGACGGAUUUGGGGAUGGACCUAUGCUCGUACGUAUUUAUUUCAUUGAACUAUUUAUCACGUUGUACCGUAAGCUCGGAUGGUCUUUGCACGACGACAUGGGUGUCAAGUGCCAACUCCCUGUUGAGUUACUAGACUUGGUUAAUCUCGACGCAGUUCUAUGCUCAAAGCAUAUCCAAA